AUGAGAGAUAAAAUCCCAGCCUACGAUACCUCACGAAGCCUUCGCAUCAACAGAAUAUUCUCUCUCCAUUUGCAAUGUUCGCAGGCAAUGCUAGAAUGCGGACCGCGUUCAACACUUCAUUUAUAUCUCUAUAAUCUCUGCUCUCCUGAAGUUGAUCUCCACCAUACCUAUAGAGAGCCAACAUCCUCCGCUCAAGCGGACAGACUCUUGAAGGCUUUUCACUUCUCAAAGUGGCCAGCCAUUAGGAUGGUCCAAGAUCCUUGGCUUGAAAUAUAUGGUUUCCAAAUAGAUAAGUACCUUACACUUUGCGAAAACAAAAUAUUCCUGGAUAUAGUGCUUGCCCCAAUGAUCAUGCCUACUAACUGCUACCUAUCAAAGGACAGUUAUCAGAAUGAAGACCUCUUACGUUUCACUAGAACCUGCAUCCGCUUCGAACCAUCAGCGGUUAGAUUAACACGUAUUUGCGGAAAUACGCAUCAUAGAGAUUUCAUGUCCAAGGGUGUAGCCUCAAAUGAUGCAAACAACAACACCAGAGCCAAGGCAAUUCAUCAUUCUCAAUAUCAGCCACGAAUGAAGAUAAUCUCGACCUCCCAUAGAGCACCAAAUCCUCGGUCAAUGCGAGUCAUGAAGAGUUUCAAAGGGUACUUUCAAAGGCCUCGCAUCAGAACCAGAUCUGAGUAUUGGCUACCGGAAGUUGGCGAUGGAGACAUAUUGUCCCUGCUGACCACUUCCCAAAUGCACUUAACCUCCCGAGACCCAAGUGUAACUAAUCAGUAUCCAGACAACUCUUGCCUGCCAGGACAUUUAGUCACGGUUCGCAAACGCGACAACAGUAAACAAAUCAGGAUGAAAGGCCAGAAUAUGCCGAGAAAGUGGCUAAAACUCUUGAAUUCCAAAAUAUCGCUUAACUAUAUGUAUGUCCUAAGCUAUUAUGGAGGCGUGAAAGGCAAAACAGAUCAUGUCAAACAAAGAGGGCUUGUCUUCGUCCAGUAUGGGUUUGUAACUUUUUUCUUUCAUUCAGAUAAAGCUGUCUAUAUAACAACUGACAUGUCAUUCGAUGUUCAGAGUCUCCUCGAGAAACAUAAGCGGUCAAAAUGUUUCAAAUACAGCACUACUGGCCUCGACAUGAAUUCUAUACUCCCACCUGCAUGGAAGAGCAUCCUGGCGAUAAGUUUCUCUCCGAAUUAUGGCAUGCAGUUCCACUACUACCUCCCGCAUAUCAGCGAUAGCGUCACCGAUUAUUACACCGAGAAGAGCUGGGUUGCAUACGACGUAUACGACGAGAAGGAGGAGAGAACUCCUUUUUUGUCACGAAUUUGGAGUUGCCCUUCGUUCAUGACGGCGACUUUUCAGUUCUAUCCUAGCUUUGUAGAACUCUCUAAACAGCUGUCUACCAAGAAAAGCUCUAGUAUAGAAACUAUGAUUAAGGGAGCUAAGUUGGCGAAGAAUAAAGAGGGGGAAGGUGUUUCGACUAGAGAAGCAUGUGUUGGGGUGGUUGAAGAAAAUUAA